AUGACUGCGCUACGCCAAGACGGGGCACACGGCGUCGAUCGCCUCGCCUCAAGUCCUGGCACUAUCGGCGGAUGGUGGAAACUGACUGGUCGCAUGCAGCAAUGGCCGUACGCACUUGUAUUGCGGCUUGCGCCGAGUCGAGUCGACCUGCUGCGCGCAGUGAACGACAAGCGGAUGUGUGGUACGGAGCGGACUGAUCGAUUGGCGACGACGGUCCCCGGUCUCUGCUCGUCACCGCCACCAACAAGGUGGGAACGACCACUGCAUAGAGACAAGCCGCGCGGACAGCGGAGCCCGCUCUCGCUUGUCCUGCGCAGUCAACACGGACAACACGCCAAAGUCGAGUCGGAUGGCCUGGCAUAA